AGAAAAUAUUCUUUUUACCAUAAAUCAACCCCAACCGGAUUGAAAAACUGGUACUAUAUAAUUUCGAUUCGACACACUGCCGCGUACUUCAUGCCUCAAAAGCCCUAACCUUUCGUCCUCCAAUCCGCAGAGGCAAAACCCUAGGAACAAGAUUCAGCAAAGAUGUCGAUGUCGAAGAGUUCCAAGAUGCUACAAUACAUCAAUUAUCGGAUGAGGGUGACGAUCCAGGACGGGCGUCAGCUGAUUGGUAAAUUCAUGGCAUUUGAUCGCCAUAUGAACCUCGUCCUCGGCGACUGCGAGGAGUUCCGUAAGCUUCCGCCGACGAAGGGCUCCAAAGAAGAGCGAGAAGACCGCCGCACUCUUGGCCUCCUCCUACUCCGUGGAGAAGAGGUAAUCUCCAUGACUGUUGAGGGCCCGCCUCCACCGGACGAGUCCCGUGUGAAGGCUACUUCAGCCGCGAAUGCUGUUCCCGGACCAGGCAUGGGUCGUGCCGCUGGGAGAGGUGUUCCGACCGGUCCCCUGGUUCAGGCCCAGCCCGGACUUGCUGGGCCGGUUCGUGGUGUUGGCGGGCCUGCUCCCGGAAUGAUGCAGCCUCACUUAUCCAGGCCUCCGAUGCCUCAGGUGUCCGCUCCGCCGAUCAAUUACCCACCUCAGCAGCAGCCCCCUAUGAUGAGACCCGGCCCACCGAUGGCCCCCCCACCGCAACAGAUGAUGGCAAGACCCGGUGGGCCUCCCAUGCCACCGCAGUUCAGACCUGGCGGUCCUCCACCUCCCGGUCAGUUCCCGCACCAGUUCGGGCAGAGGCCGAUGAUGCCUCCCCCACAGAUGAUGAGGGGUCCACCACCUCCCGGGGCUCCAAGGCCAGGUAUGCCCCCUGGACAACCUCCCCGCCCUGGUAUGCCACCUCCAGGAGGUCUUUACGGCCCACCCCGUCCUGGAAUGCAGCCUCCUCAGAAUCAGCAGCAGUAAACUCUCAGUAUGUAUCGUGAUGAUUUGUGGCCAUUUUCUUAGCUGUUUUGUUGAAGUCUUACUGUAAACAAUCGUAUCAAAAACAUGUUUGGUUCUCGUGACCAUGAUGCUCUCCCUUUGGUUGAGUUUGUUCAAUAUUCCUUCUUGGAUUUGAGGCUUUCUCCAUAUGAUACUUUUUUCAAAAUUUAAUUUGAUCUUUCUUUUAGUCUUUGUCUCACUUUAGAGGAGGGGGUUGAAAAGUGGAUGAAGAAUCUCAAGCGAAAUUUUGAUAUUCAUGAUUGCUAGGGAUAUGUCCCUUUUAUAUGCCAGUAAUGACACUUCACUCAUUUCGUGAUUCAUGAAUUUGAUGCAUUUCAGUUCUGAU